AUGGAUAUUCGCAAAACUGUUGAAGUUAAUGUUGAAUUCACCAAAAUGAGUUUUAAAGUAAAGAAAGAAUAUAAACUUGAGGAUGGUAGCCUAAUCUUAGAACGUAUACGAGAAUAUUUUAAUGUGCCUUUAACCGCAACUCCAACAAAACUACCUCUAAAUCAUAGUGAUUCUCUUUACGUUGAUGUCGCCGCCUAUUUUAAACAGCAAUUGGAGAAUGUUAGUUGUAGAAUCACCACGAUUGCUAUUCUUCGAAACCGAGAAGUUUGGGAAAGAUAUCAACAAUUUAAAAACUUGAAAAAGCAAAUGGAGGCAGAGGCUAGAAGUGCCUCAACUUCAGACUAUACAAGCUGUUUCAAUGACACAGUCUUAUUUCAUGGUACCCAUCCUGAUAAUGUUCAUUCUAUACUCGAGCAUGGUUUGGAUAGUCGAUUAUCUAGACAAUUUGGCAAUUGUGGCCCUGCAAUAUACUUAUCGCCGAGUUUUGAAAAGUGUGAUCUUUUUGCAAGUCGCCACAAUAAUGUAGAAAGAUGUUUGAUAGUGUGUGUAACUGCACUCGGUAAAAUAUAUGACAAUACAAAAUUUAAAGCAGUUGAUCCACAUACAAAAUUUCCGCCAAAAGGAUACGACAGUGUUAAGCAUUAUGUUGCAGUUGCUGAUGAAUAUGUUGUUUAUGAAAACGUCCAAGUGUUACCUAUAUUGGUAAUCAAUUAUGAGCGAGAGAACAAAACCUUUCCAGAUUUUACUUCUCGUAUUUCAACUUCAGGAUUAGUCUUAGGAUAUACACCUCAUCCUCCAGGCUUUCCAAAUAUGAUGUUGAAUAAUCCAUUUCCGGUUCCUGGUUUUGCAAACUUACCUGUGAAUAAUCCAUUUCCUAUUAUAAAUAAUCCAUCAAACACGACAGUGAAUAAUUCAUUCCCAAUUCUAAACAAUCAGCCAAAUGUACCUAUGAAUAAUUCAUUCUCAAUUCUGAAUAAUCAAACAAAUGUUUCAUCACCGUCUUCCGGAAGUUCCGGUAGUUUACUCUUUGGAUUACAGUCGGCCAAAACUUUCCUAACUCAUUCAACCCCAAGUCAUCACCCAUUAAAUUCAAGUAUUAAUUCAUUAACAUACUCUAAUUUUAAUACUGGAAGUCUUCAAUUCCCAAAAGGAUUGUCUCCUCUAUUUGUUGCGCAUUCGUCAGCUUUGCCUCCGUCUAGCAACUCGCCUGCUGAUUACACUAUGCGUAAAGCUCGUGCGACAUUGCAGCAAUGGAUUGCUAAAAUAAACUUGACGAAUGGAAGCUCGAAUUUUUCGGGUGCACAACUUGCAGACAAACAGUAUUGGCCUAAUGCAUCAAAAUCAAGGUUUCCAAAUUUGGCAUCAUAUUUAGAUUGGGUAAUGUCAACAAAAGGAGGAUCUACAAGAGAACUUGAUUUUGAUCUAGUGGAAAUGUUAAGAAAAUUGGAUAGUUGUGAAGGAAUUGUUUAUGCUAGACGUCAUCAUGUCGAAUCAACGCGUGCUGUUAAUUGGCACGAAGCAUUGAUACUUGCAAGCGAUCAAAGACUUCAAGAAGCAUACUCAACUCAUGAAGGAUGCACAAUAUGCGCUGAUUCAAUACUUACCAACCUCACCCAAGUUUCAGACAUUACACAAAUGAAAAAUUGUCCUCAUGUUUUCCACAAAUCAUGUAUCGAGGCAUGGCUAAGUAUGCCAUCAUCCCCAAGAGCAUGUCCUAAUUGUAAAACUCCCUGUCACGACCCUUUCGCGGCUCCAACUGUUGGACCAAUGCCAGAUGGAGAUAUGGCAUAUAUAUUUAAUGAAAUUUUGGGGGCCUGGUUUAUUUGUUAUGGAAUACCAAAUGCUACUCAGGUUUCAUGCCAUCCUUCUCCUGGUAUGCCAUUCAAAGGUACCACACGAAUUGCAGUAUGUCCUAUAUAUUUAAAAUGGGGCCCUUUAUUAUUCAUUCGAUUGGUGGCUGCAUUUUAUUAUCAUCACACGUUUACAGUAGGAACAUCGCUCACUACUAAUUGCGCUGACUCUACCACUUGGAACGGGAUCCAUCAUAAGACCAUGACUGAUGGUCCGUUUGGAUUCCCAGAUCCAACAUAUGAAGAUCGCGUUUCUCUUGAAUUGGACGCCAAAGGCAUCAUGUUAUUCUUGAGGGAUUUAGUUCAGCAGUAA